AUGCACUUGAUUUCGAAGGUGACAACAAUAAAGAAACGUUUCGCGCACGAGCCAGAGACAUACAAGGCCUUCCUCGAAAUCUUGCAUACUUAUCAAAAAGAACAACGUUCGAUUAAGGAUGUUCUGGAGCAAGUCUCUCAGCUAUUUGCAGACCACCCUGACCUUCUCAAAGAAUUCACUUACUUUCUACCAGAUGCAAGGGGUUCUUUUCUUUGGGCAUCCAUCCCACUCCACGAGAUCGAUUUUUCUCGUUGUAAGCGUGGUACACCAUCUUAUCGCGGCUUACCAACAUCAAUGUCCCGCCCAAGAUGUGGUGGGCGCUCAGACCUUGAUCUGCGUGUGCUCAACGACGUUUGGGUUUCACAGCCUGUUGGCUCGGAAGAGACAAACUCGUUCAAACACGCUAGGAAAAAUUGCUACGAAGAGGAACUCUUCAAGUGUGAAGAUGAGCGCUUUGAGCUUGACAUGGUCAAGUGGACCUUGAACUCGACUAAAACGCCAAGUGCUUGUACUAGUACAGGGUUGACCAGAAUAGAAGCCCCCUUGAGCGCAUGUGCUCAGCUAGUUGGUCAUGUGGUCAAGCCUGUGGCAUUAUCUGCCGCACACCUAAAUGCAAUUUUGCGAGUCUAUGGCGAACAUGGGCUGGAGCUCCUCGAGCUUCUGUAUAAGAACCCCAGAGAAACGAUUUCAAUUGUCUUAAAGCGCCUCAAACAAAAAGGAAAAGAAUGGCGUAAACUCCAGGGGGAUAUGAGUGACAGGUGGAAGGAGCAACUCAGCCUGAAUUCACGCCGAGCAGCAGAUAAUCUUUCUCAUCAAAAGGAGCCAAAGAUCAUAUUACCGCGUCAUUUCAUGCAUGACUCACUUGGCACACCAGAUGACCCAACGCAACCUGGAGUUGGAGAUUCUGCAAUGUCAAUGAAAUAUCAAUUUGAAAUGCAACUUCAAUUGGGCCAUCAUGCUAUUCACCACGCGCUGUUCCACCUUAUUUUUGACACAGCUGAACAAUCAUCUAUGUCGCGGCAUGACAAAAAUCAUAUUGUCAUAUUCUUGAGACACUUUUUUGCCCCGUUCGUCCACCUGUCAAAGCACGACACUAUGGCUCAUCUUGCUCAAAGCGAGAGCCGUCAUUUGGUCACCACCCUUACGAAUGUGGAGUUUGAUGCGAAUGACAGAGAUCCUCACAAGUCAUCACGUGGAUAUUUCAAUGCCCAUGAGGGCACCCAUGAUCGCAAACAGGAUUUGUGUUCAGAUCCCCUAGUUCUACUCGGCGAACUAACGCCGGCUGAGCUUCGUGCGUCCUACAAAGCGGUGCUUAUUCAUGAUGAGGCGGGCAUACAGGCUGGCUUCUCCAAAAGCACGAAUUGGUUCGCAUGGCGUAUGAAUUGUGUCAUACUAACGAUUCGGUUCCGCGUUCAUCCUUCAUGGAUGAUUGCAGAAGCGAGUUAGAUUUCACCCCGACCCACCAAAAGCCCUUUGAGGUGUUGGUCUCUAUGGUAUAUGGACUUAUGGAUGGUUCAUUAGAUGCUUCUUGUUUUGAAGAUGGAUCACGCUGUAUCUUGGGAAUUGAAGCUCAUGAAGUCUUCUCUGUGGAUAAGCUUAUAGUCCAAGUCCUGAAGCAGCUGCAACUCAUCAUCCAUGAUACUGCAAGCUGCAAAUUUAUUGCGUUGUGGCAACUAGAAAGAGAGCGGAGACGUGUUGAUUCAUCAGCUAGAACUCCAAUAGGUGAAACUUCCCAUCAAUGUAUUGAAACUCGUGGACGGCAAGUUCUUCAAUGGCUCGGGAGAGACUCCGACCCUUUAUAUGUUGUCAAGUAUUGCGUUGAAGAAAAAACUACUGACACUUUUAGUGUCAGGUAUCUCGGUUGCAAGCACUCUGAUGAAAUUGGUGCCACCGCCGCUUGACUGGGCGGCGCAAGGCCAGGGCGGCCGCUGAGUUCCCCGCUGCUGGGUUUCCUACAGUUCUCAGAGGGUGGGUACGACCGCUGGAUACGACAAACCCAACCCCCUGAGCUCACGCCUUGCCCAGGCUCCUCAGCGCGCGAUUAAGCGCCCCAGCGCGGGUCCGUGGGGUGGCGGCGGGUCGAACGCGGGAAAUUCGACGCGUUCUAGUUUUGGGGCUGCCUCAUAAAGAGUAAUGUAGGGGGGUAGG